AUUAGGGGUAAAGAAGGUAGGAGAGAAACGCAGAAGCGCAGCGGAGCCACAGCACCUUCUCUCAAUCUCGUCAGCGAGUCCGACCGAGCGCAGCCGAGCGACCGACCCGCCCGACCAUGUUUCGACAAGCGCCUCGCCUACUGGCUAGAGCCACCUCCAUGAUGAGGACUCGAUCCUUCUCCACCGAUCUCCCGGCGGCUCAGACGGUCGAUUCUUCGUUUGUGGAGGCGUGGAAGAAAGUGAUCCCAAACAUCGACCCACCUAAGACUCCCCUCUCUUUCAUGCAACCUCGGCCGCCGACGCCCUCUACGAUUCCCGGGAAGCUCACUGUCAACUUCGUUCUUCCUUACCAAUCCGAGCUCUCAACCAAGGAGGUAGACAUGGUCAUAAUCCCAGCAACAACUGGGCAGAUGGGUGUUUUACCUGGUCAUGUAGCCACCAUCGCUGAGCUGAAGCCUGGAAUUCUAUCUGUACAUGAAGGGAAUGAUGUGACCAAGUACUUUCUCAGCAGUGGGUUUGCAUUCAUCCAUGCAAACUCUUUUGCAGACAUAGUUGCCGUAGAAGCCGUUCCUAUUGACCAUAUUGACCCAGCCUUGGUUCAAAAGGGCCUUGCGGAGUUCACCCAGAAGCUUAGCACAGCUACGACUGACUUGGAAAAGGCUGAAGCCCAAAUUGGGGUGGAUGUCCACAGUGCUCUCAACUCUGCACUCACGGGCUAGUAGUAGUCCUGCUGCUCCAGCCUUUUCAUUUGUUGUUUCUCUGGUUUCAUCAGCUUCAGUGACUGUUACCAUCUUGAGCCAGACCUGAUCUCCAAGUGAUAUUCAUUUUCCUUGAAUGCGUGAUGAUGUAUUCCCUUUGUUUAGAUUUUAUCAUACUGAUAUUUAGGGAGUGGAAUAAAUUUCUGAAACAAGAAAUGGAGGAAAGAUUUUAUUCUUCUUUUGGAUUGUAGAACUCACAGGUGGAGGCUUUAACUUGUCUCCCAUUUUAUGAGGUUACAACUGAAACGAAAGCACAACUUCCUUUUUAAGUUUUA